AUGGAGCAUCGACCCGGGAAGAACUUGGCGGUGGCCUGGCUGGAGGGGUUCAUCGCCAGCCUGCAGGAUGCGUCGCCGGAGGAGAGAGAGUCCAAGUUGCGCGCGGUGGACCUGUCCUCGGCCUCCUCGGCCGGCAACGCCCCUUUCUCGACAACAGUAGUGAAUCCACCCCUGUCUUCUCGCAGCACCAAUGUCCUCAGACUCGGAACUGACGGUUCACCACCACCUUACCACGGAGCAACAAGCAUCUACCAAGUGCAAAUGGACUACGAGGGAUCCACCCCCGCCGAGAGCAGCGACCUAACGCCCCCGUCCGCAAGCGAACCCUUCACCAGCACAGAUCACGUCCUCCGCCACUUCGGCAUCGACGUCGACUCGGACGCCGUCACGCAGUGCCUCGUCCAGUUCUUCAGGUGGCAGUACCCAAACCUCAUGUUCGUGUACCGCGAGGCCUUCCUCCGGGGCCACUUCGGCGACCGGGCGGGGAGCAGGUACUGGUCGCUCUCGCUCCUUCUGUCCGUCUGCGCGCUGGGAUCCCUGAUGCUGCCGCGGGAGCACGGCGAAGGGGGCCGCGAGCAGCCAAGUGGCGAACAGUUCUACGGCGCGGCGGAGAGCAUAGCGAUGGUGACGGGCCUGACGCGGCCCAGCAUCCCGACCGUGCAGACGUUCCUGUGCCUGGCGUUCUACGAGAUCGGGCUGGGCAACCUGUCAAAGGGGUGGGCCUACUCGGAAGCAGGUAUCGCGUUCCGCGUAGCCCAAGACCUAGGCAUCCAAAAGGACCCAGAGCUGUGGACAUCCCGUGGCUCCUCCCCGAGCAGCCAGGAAGACAUGGAGGUGCGGCGGCGCAUCUACUGGGGCUGCUACGUCUCGGACAAGCUCGUCAGCCUCGUCCUCGGCCGGCCCGUGCAUCUACCGUACGACGAGGCGCAGGUCAAGGAGCUCGAGACCAUGCCACAAGGCCAAAGCGACGCCCCCUUCACCCUCCCCUGGCGCUCCGUAGGCUUCGACGACGACACGAGCCCGCAGCCCACAGACCGGUCCAUGAUCCCCUACAUCAAGGAGCAGAUCCGCCUCUCGCGCGUCAUCGAGCGCAUGCUCGGCACCGUCUUCUCCCCGAGGGCCGACGACGGCGGCGGCUCGGACCACCACCAGCAGCAGCAGCAGCAGGAGCAGCAGGACCGGCGGCGGCAGGCGCUCGACCGCCUCAACAUCGACCUCGCGGCCUGGAAGUCGGAGCUUCCCGGCUGGGCCGACUUCAACACGUGGGAGUUUAUCGACGAGCCGCUCAAGCCGAGCACGGCCGCGCUGCACCUCCUGUACAACAGCGCUCGUAUUGCACUGAACUAUAACGAGGCCGUGGCGCAAGAGACUGAUGACCGCAGAGACCGAGCACGCGAGGUCUGUGCUAGAUCUGCCUCAGAGAUUGCUUCUCUUCUCCGUCGGUACCGUCAUCAGUACGGACUGCGGCACGCCCCACUUGUCAUCGUCUAUGCCAUGGCUCAGGCGAUCCGGGCGAUCAAAGCGCUAGGGACGACUGAAGAGGCCCGCAACCUUGUUGAAGCCAUGUCCCAGUGUUCAGUUACAUGGAUGCUAGCCGAGAAGGUCCUGAAUAGAAGGCUAUGA